AUGUUCGCCUGGGGAGCAAAUAGUCAUGGACAGCUUGGGUUGGGAUAUGCGACGGAGCAAUGUGAUAGACCGCGUCUGGUGGGCGACUUGCCGUUUGGAACUAGCGAUAUCCUGUGCUUGGCCGCCGGUGGUGGGCACACUCUUUUAGGCACCGUCGAUGGCCGGCUGUAUGCCUGUGGGUGGAACAAUCGCGGCCAGCUAGGCACCGGUCAUGAAAUUGAUUGCUUCCAAUUCCAGCACAUUGGUGUGUAUGGCUUCAAGCAGUUGUUUGCAGGAUGGGACGUGUCUGCCGGUAUUGAUGCAUUUGGCCAGCUAUAUGUUUGGGGCUCGAAUGUAUGGAAACAGUUAGCGGAGUCUGGUGAGAAAAAUAUAUCUACCCCUACCAGGCUUAUUCUACCGGAUGGCGGAAGAGCUGUAAAAGUAACGUUCGGGCUGCAAUACACCGUCGUACUUAUGGACAACGGCAAAAUAUGGGUGAUGGGGAAAUGCAAAUUUCUUCCCAGCAAUUUACUUCCAUCUCAUUCCGGCAUCCGAUGCCUACGAGAAGGAGACGAUUCGGUACUAGACAUAGCCAGCGGAGAUCAUCAUCUGGUAUUAGUUACCGGUAAUCGGAGAAUCGAAUGCGUUGGAGACAACAAACACGGACAGUGUUUAAGCGAAAACGUGUUUCCAGAGGACAUUGUCAAAUUAGAGUCGGGAUGGACACACUCGGGGUGUCUAACUGCUUGCAGCAAAGUAUACUUGUGGGGACGCAAUAACUACGGACAGUUAGGAUUUUCUGGAGAAUCUUCCUCGUCACCACGAUUGCUGGAAAUAGUGGCAAAAGAUGAUCUAGCUGUGAAAGAUUUCAGUUUAGGAUCGCAACAUGGUGUAGCUUUAACAGUCACGGGACAAGUUUACUGCUGGGGAUGGAAUGAGCACGGUAACUGCGGUACGGGAGGCGUAGAUAAUGUCUUGGUGCCAAUGCUAGUUGAUCUUCCAUUGUCCAUUUCAAAAGCCAUUUGCGGCGCUGGUUAUACGUUAGCAAUCACGUAACAAAUACAAUCAAUCAUUCAUCUUUCUCUUUUGCC